GCCGUUAUCCGGGCACUUUUCAAUCGCAACACCGCCAUUUUGUCUGCGAAUAUGGCAUUGUCGAUGGAGAAAAAGAAACUUUCCGAGUUACGUGUUGUAGAUUUGAAAGCGGAGUUGGAGAAACGAAACCUUGACAAAGCCGGAGUUAAAGCUGUUCUGCUAGAAAGGCUGCAAAAGGCACUGACAGAAGAAGGUCAUGAUCCAGAAACUUUCUUGUUUGAAGUUUCUGAUGUAAUAACCAAGAAGUCGCCAGCAGCAAAAAAUGUUCCACGUGGGGAUCAGGCAGCAAGUGGCGAGGGUGAUGGAGAUGUGGAAGAUGAAGAAGACAUUGAAAAUGAGCAGGAGGAGGAAGAGUUGUUGGAAGACGAUGAAGCUCAAGAGGAGGAAGGAAUGAUGGAUGAAGCUGUCAUUAUGCUCAAUGAUGAGGAUUUACUGGUGCAGCAGGAUGAGCAGGAAGCAGAAGAUGAAACAGGGGCAUUUGAAGCCAUAGAAGAGGAUGCAAAUGAAGUUAAGCCUCUGGAUGAGGAAAGUCUGCAGGGUCAGGAAGGGGAAGAGGAAGAUGUGGGUCCAUCUACAAAUGAUCAGGAAGCAGCAAUGGAGAUUGACACUGCUUCGAUGGAGAACAGUCAGAACGAAAUUGAGAACUCUGAGUUGCAUGAAGAAGAGGCAGGUGAAAGCGAACGCAGCACCGAAGUAGCCUCUUCUGCUAGUGCUGCAGAGGCUGGCUCUGAGCUUAGCUUGUUUACUGGUGAUGCAUCUUUGGUUGCUUCUACUACAAGUGUUGCCAGUGAUUUCAACGAACAGACACAUGAGGCUUCUGCAGCUACAGAUGGCUGCACAGUAGAAACUGAAAUUGCUGCAGCCACUGUGAUCAAAUCGCCUGGUGCUUCCACAGCUGUCCAGAAACCAGUUGCUAUUUCCAAACCUACUACCACUACCACUGCUGCAAAGGCCUCCCCAGCUGGUACCAAAAAAGUAGGACAAGCUCCUCCCAAGCCAGCAACCUCCCCUGCUGCAAAACAGACUGCCACUUCACCCAAGAUGGCUGGAUUGGCAGCUCAGAAAGGAGGUGCAGCUUCACCCAGGGCAGCAGCUUCUGUAAAAACUGUCAGUGCAAAUAAACAGACUGUUUCAAACACUUCCAAGCCAGCCUCUGCAAACACUUCUUGUGCAGCUUCUGCUGCUUCAUCUAAGAUUGUGACUUCCACUCCAAAGCCAUCUUCCCACAUGAUAAAGUCAUCUUUAACAAAAAUUGCUGAUACUUCUACUAUUCCUGCAGCUACUGGUAGCAGCAUCUGUUCCAAAGAGGACAAAGCCCCCAUCUUUGAGGCUAAUGAUGAUUCCUUUGACGUGCAAGUGGACGAUACUAUGUUAAAUGAGAUUGAUGCAGACCUUCUUGAAAACAACCAAGGAGACGAGAAGGCAGCUUGCUCAGAGGCAGAUGCUGAGUCUGCCCCUGCAACAGAGACUGUCAGCACUUCUGUUGUGGAGACUCAACCAGCAGAGGAGACCAGCAGCAGUGCCAUGGAGGGCGAAUCACAAGAGCCAGUUCCAGCAGAAGGCGAGAGUGGAGACAAGUCCAAGGCAGAAGAAGAGACAACUGUAAAAGAUGACAAGAAGCCAGAAGAGAAAAAGGAUGAGAAAGAUGCAAAGGCCGUUAAGAGUGGAACACCAGCAAAACCUGUCAAAGGAAAAGAUGACAAAUCAGCUGCUGCACAUAGCCGCAAUCUGUGGGUGAGUGGCUUGUCUUCUUCAACAAGGGCUACAGAUCUCAAGGCGCUUUUUGGGAAAUAUGGAAAGGUUAUUGGAGCAAAAGUAGUUACAAAUGCACGGAGCCCUGGGUGGCGUUGUUAUGGUUUUGUCACAAUGGCUUCAGUGGAUGAAGCCACCAAAUGUAUCCAGCAUCUGCACCGCACUGAACUUCAUGGCAAGAUGAUCUCCGUGGAGCGGUUCUCAUCUUUCAAGGCCAAGACUGCAGGACCUGGUAAACUUACAACGCCAUCUAAAACCUCUGGUGAGUCUGCUGCUAAGUCUGUACUGGGAAAAAAGACAGAUGAGAAGAAGCCACUUGUUCAAAAGGAAGACAAAAAGGAUGAUGAAAAGGACCAAGGAAAGAAAAUUGUGAAGAAAGAUGAUGGAAAAGACUCCAAAGAAGAACAAAAGAAAGAUGCAAAAAAAGAAGAGGAGAAAAAAGGAGAUAAAAAAGAUGACCGACUUCCUCGAAGAGAUGAACAUCGCAAAGAUUCGCCACGCAGCCGACACAGUCAUGAUAACAGAAGCCGACACAGUCAUGAUAGAAGCCGACACAGCAGAGACAAGAGUAGCUUCAGCCAGUCCAGUCGUGAAAGAAGCAGGCAUUUAGAAGCUGAGAGAACAAGAGAGCAGAGAGAAAGGGACAUCCUUUCCUUUGAAAAAAUUAGAGCUGAACGAGAGCGAGAACGACUGCGUCAGAAAGAGAUUCAGCUGCGCAAUGAGGAGAGAUUCAGAAUGGAACAGCUUGAGCAGGAGAGAAUGCGGCAGAAAAUGAUACGUAGGAAGCAAAGAGAGGAACAACUACAGCUAGAGAAAGAAAAGGAGAGAAUUAGGCUGGAGCGAGAGAAGUUGGAGUUUGAAAAAAUGGAAACAGAGCGUAUGAGACUGGAGAGCAAAAGGCUGAAGCGUGAAGCAGAGGAAAAGUUGCGUCGAGAACAACAGAGACUUAUUGAAGAAAGACGUGCUUUGAAGAGACCGGCCCCACCCUCAAAGGGUCGAUUAGAUUCUGGAGAAUUCUGGGAUGAGCCAAAGCAGCCUCGCAAAGACACAGGGUUUAAACAUGGGUACUCUGACAGGUUCAACGACCGUAAUGAUGGAUUUGAGCGUAAAGUAGAGAAGUAUGAUAGACGGGAUCCAGGGGCUCGAUUCGACUCCAGGCGUGAUGAGUUUUCUCGAUCUGAGAGAGACAGAGAUGAUAGAAGAUCUCCAGAGCGAGGUUUUGACAAUGAUUUUGACAGUGACCGACGAGAGUUUCGCCGUGAUGACCGAGGAUCAAUGGGUCAUGUCCACGACAGUCGAGGUGGCCAUCGUGAUGCACGUGAUGAGUUUGGCAGCCGCGACAACCGUAGCAUGUCUGGUGGUGGAGUAGGAAACAGCAGUCGAGGACGGAAUACUGUAAGAGCAGGAUCCCCAGGACGUCAUGAUAGUCGAAAAGGACCUGGAGGCCCAAGACAGCAAUGGGGAGGCCCUGCAGAUGGCAAGGUGGAUAGCGGCUGGGGUCGAGUAGAGAGCAGUGGUGGUGGUGGUGAUCGAUGGAUGGGGUCAAGCAGCAUGAGUGGAUCUCAACACAACAGGGGCAGUGGUGGCGGCUAUGGCAGCCAUGGUUCAGGUGUUACCUCUUCAGGCAUGGGUGGUAACAUGUACAUGGGAUCAGGACCAUCACAGAGCAGUAGCCUAAUGAUGGGAGGCAGCGGUGUGUCCCGUCAGGGAGAUAAUCGUUUUAACAUUGCAGCCAUCACAGCUAGGAGGUUUUAGCCAUUUGACCUGUUGACUUAUUUCUCGAGUAAGACUUGGAUGAUCAACCAUCAUUAAUUAUGUGUGUGUGCAUGGAGAAGCCUCUUAGUGUGAAGAUGACUUAACAGGACUUAUGGUGCGGGUAUAUCAUCUCCUUUCUCGUGCUUUGGUUACCCGUGGGUUUGUGAAGACUAGGGAACGUUGUCAGAUCAGAUAUGAUUGGGUAAUAGAUAUGAGUGCUCGUCUGGUUUACAGCGUUUCAUUAUAUACACAUAUGUAUUCAAGUUUUAUCAGAAGCAAGCCUUUCAUGUUAUCAGUUGGAGAAUUCAUUCAAGUUGUCAGUUUACAAUGUUGACUUUCAGAAGUGACGUUUUUAUAACGGGGAAUACAGUGAGGUAAAAGUUUUUUUAAAGUUACUGUCAUUGUCAUCCAAAAAUCCAUUUUUGUGAGGCUACUUAAAUAAAGUCAGCUGUUAUUAUUUUUGGA